AUGAAUGCCUCUCAGAUAAGUGAAGAGUAUGAAAAAAUUAUGAAAUAAAUUACACAUUUAAGAAUCAAACUCUUUGACUGUGUAGAGAUACCUCACUUAAUAAACUACUAUGAAGGAGGAGAUCAAGUUUUUUGCUUUUAAUCUGACUUAUACCUAGUUAGAUAAGCUGAAACAUAUAUAAAAAAAAACCUUUGUGCUUAGUACAGCGCUGAUAUUUCCCGCUAAGUAAAUUAAUGCAUAAACGAGCUAUAAAAAGUGAGAUAGCAAUUUGAUAAUUUGAAUCAAAAAAUACUCAAACAACAUCGUAUGAACAAAGAAAUCAAUGUUUUCAAAAGUUAUAGUGAUGAGAACAUGCAAAAUACUAUUAUAAUAUAAAACUCAGUCAUUGAAGAAUAUUUUAAUUUAAAAUUGUAGAUUUCCUCUAAUUGA